AUGAUUUAUCCGAUAUUCUCGAAUUACGUUCCACAAUGGCGAUGUAACCCCAACGAAGAAUUCACAUCGAACUGUACCGUAUUUCUUCAAUGUAACAGUACGAUCGAAUUCGACGAGAUUUCAUUUCAUUCGGCUGCAUUGGAGUACGAUUGGAUUUGUGGUAAAAAAGCAUAUUUCGCAUCGCUUUUCAGUCAAAUUCAAUUCUUUGGUGUCUUAUUAGGCACAGUUCUAUUCGGAACUUUAUCCGAUAGCUUUGGUCGACGACCAACCGCUAUUUUUGCUCUUGCCUUUGGAAUUGCCAUCUCAUUCUCAUCAGGACUGGCACCGAACUGGCAGAUACUGAUGGUAACGCGAUUUUUCGUUGGUCUUUCAAUCGGCGGUACCGUAGUUGGGGUUUGCACGUACGUUAUGGAAAUGUUAUUACCUCAACAGCGUAUGGCGUUAAGAGCGUUCUUCAACUGGGGUGUAGCACGAUUGAUGAUGACCGUAAUUUGUUAUGUUUUUCCUUACUGGCGUACGUCUUGUUUCGCGAAUGCGAUCGCCGCCCUGCCAGCACUACUCAUCGUUUUGUUCAUUUGCCCUGAAAGUCCUACAUGGCUUCAUAGCAAGGGCCGUCUUGAUGAGAUGCGUGAAAGUGAGAAACAUAUCGCACGUUUCGCCGGUGUUGAUUACGUUGAAGUGGAGCACAGCCGUGCGGUGAAGAAUCAGAGUUUAAUUGCGGUGAUUCGCAAUUGGUAUUAUGCGAAAAGAUUAUUCGUUCUGUGGUUUAUGUGGUUCACAGCAUCGUUAUGUGGCUACGCCACGGAUCUUAAUUCGUCACGAAUUAGCGGAAAUUUUUUCGUGAAUCAAAUUCUUUUCUCAAUCCUCAUUGCAAUCUCUAAGAUAAUCCUGGUCAUAUACGAUUCAGUGAACAAGGCGUUCAAUCGUCGCAAAUUACAUCAGUAUGCCCAAUGUAUUGUUUGCAUUUGCUUCUUCAGUCUCACCACACUUCUUGUCCUCGGAUACCAAGGUGUCGCAAUAUUGGUGAUUAACCUGUGCGGAACAGUAUUCAUCGAAUACACCUGGGAUGCGUGUUAUCUGUGUGCUGUCGAAUCGAUGCCCACCGCCAUGCGAGCCUCAUCUCUUGGAUCAUGCUCGCUGAUCGCUCGGAUCGGUGCUCUUCUAUCACCGACG